AUGGUAAUUGCAAGAUCAACGCUUAUUGGAAAGAGUUCGCAAGCAGAAACGCUAGCCAGGCAAGUGACCAGUGCGAUCGCCGCUCACUUGUUCACUAUCAACAAUCAGACCGAUCCGGCGGAAGAUUUUAGUGCAAUUUACCGGUUUCUGGCUAGGCCCCCGAGGGCUUUGCGCCAAAGAGUACCGGAAAUAACCAAGGCGGCUACUGUUCAGUCACUUGAUCACUCCCUGUGUUACCGGAAAUGGCACGCGCAAGCCAUAUGA